CCUUUACGUUAAAUUCAAUGAGCGGAACACACCACCUAGUGUCCCUGUCGAUAGUGACAUUUGUCUUAGUCUAAAUAAUGUUUGUAAGCCUUCUUUUGCACAAUCAAAACAUGCUCAUGUUGUUAUUUACAGUAUUUACUCACUGUUGAAUUAGAAAAGAUAACUUGAUAAUAAGCCUAAAAAUAUAGAUACAUAAGAUGGAGGUUACAAAUUCAAAUUUUGAUUCACUUUUACCAGAAAUAGAAAAUGCAAUCAAUCACAGUUUAUUUAUUAGUAUUGAUUGUGAGCUUUCCGGCCUUACUGUUGUUAGGAAUAUCAAUACAUUUGAUAGUCCCAAAGAAUAUUAUGAAAAAAUGCGAAACAACUGUAAGGAUUUUUUAGUAAUGCAAUACGGCAUUAGUAUUUUUAGAUAUGACGAAUCUGAACACAAUUUCAAGCAAAGAACUUAUAAUUUUUUUAUAUUUCGCCGACCUGUUAAUAAAAAUGUACCUGAUCAGCGUUUCCUAUGUCAAUCAUCAAGUAUAGAUUUUUUAAUUGGUAAUGGUUUCGAUUUUAAUAAACUCUUUAAAGAAGGCAUUUCUUACCUGACUGAAGAGGAAGCCGAAAGAUACAAAGCUAAUGUGGAUCAAGCAUAUCAGAAAGCUUUAGAACUAAUUGAAUCAAAACAGAGUGAUGAAGGCCAUGAUAGCAUUCAAAUAUCUGAUAAUUCAGUACAAUUUGUUGAAGAUAUUAAAUCAAAAAUAGACAAUUUCCUUGAAAGUGGUGAUAAGGAGUUACAACUCCCAAAGUGCAAUGCCUAUUUUAGAAAGUUGAUUUAUCAAACUCAAAGAGAAUUAUAUUCUGAUCGAAUUUCUUUAGAGACAAGACAAAUAGAGAAUGAUAGAAUACUCUUUGUUACUAAGCUUAAGACUGCAGAAGAAGAAGCAGAGCUUGCAAAGAAAAAAUAUGAUGAACGCUUAAGAGAAAUAGAAAAUUUUAGGGGUUUUACAAAAGUUAUGAAGUUCAUUAUCAAAUCUGGAAAGUUAGUUGUUGGUCACAAUGCAUGUUUGGAUUUCUUUCAUACUAUUGAUAAAUUUUUGAUUGAACUUCCAGUAUUUUAUGAAGAUUUUAAAGAAAUUAGUCAUUCCCUAUUUUCCAGAGUAUUGGAUACCAAAUAUAUGUCAAGCAGAGAACCUUUCAGAGAUCUUAUUCAAUCAACAGUAUUGAAACAGUUGUUUGAUACUUUAUCUGAAAAACCAUUUGGACUUCCAGAAGUAGUAGUGGAAGAACCUGGAAGAGGAUAUGAUGUAAAUGAUAAUAAGGAACAUGAAGCUGGAUAUGAUGCAUACAUAACUGGACUCUGCUUUUUGGGAAUGUGGAAACAUCUAGGUUUACUGAAUAACAGAAGCGAUCAAAAAACAUUCCAUAGCAUGGAUCUUUUGGAACCUUUUAUGAACAAGUUAUUUUUAAUGACAUUGACUGAUAAUCAGUAUAUCAAUUUGGCUGGAGAAGACAUGGCAGUUUCUAAAGACCACGUAUUUUAUCUAAAAUUUCCAGAAGAUUGGAAAUUGAAUAAUAUUCAACAACUGUUCAGCCCAUUUGGUAACAUAUUUGUCUCAUGGCUCGAUGACACAUCGGCAUAUAUAGGGUUGUAUAAAAAAGAUCAGGCCAAAAUUUGCUACAAAACUCUUAAGGGGGGCACCGGAUACACAAUCCAAACAUUCGAAAACAGAAAAAAACAAUUGUCGGAUAGUAAACUGCCGCCAAUAACAUCAUUGCCAAUAACUUCAAAGAAGAGAAAAAGCUCAGAAUCUCCGGCACCUAAAAAUAAGAAAAGGGAUCAUCCUGGAAUAAAUAAAGCGUUGAAAAAAAUGACGAUUGAACCUGAAUCAAUGGUCGUUGAGAACUCUACGAAUAAAACAUUCAAAGAAGAUGACAAUUGGACGUGAUUUAAUUGUCAAAUAUUUUUAUACAUAAAUAUUAACGGUGUUCCUUAACCCGAUUUAAAUGAAAAUUACUUGAACAUCUUCGAUCUAUAUACAUUUAAAUUUGAGCACAAAUGCAAUGUUUUAAGUCUUUUGAGAAAAUCGGUUUCCCGAGCUCUUGGAAAAUAAUAGGGGUUUGAAUUGUUUUUUCGAAAAUUUCUUUCAAAUUUCACUUUGAAACAAGCAACAACGACUUCAUUGACACUUUGAAAUACUUCAACAAAUCAAUGAAUCUCUUGAUGUCUAUUUUAUUUAGAAAUACUUUGCAUGAAUUUCCCUUGAAAUGUGGAGAGCCAUGCGUGAUCUCACUACAUGUAUUUGAAACAUCUGUUUGAAACUCUCGAAGUAUGUGUCUGAAAAAUGUAUUUACAACACCUAAAAGUAGGUGAAGCUCAGGAGGAAGAAUCAUGUCGAGAAAUAGUCUAUCUUCAUUAGCAUCAAAUAUUGAUGAAUUUAUAAAAUUCUGAGCUUUUUUUAUCUGCUCCUGCUUCAAUUCUGUCUAGAUAAUUUUUUGUUUCUCCAAUUGUUCUAUGAGGGCCUAGAUCGUGAAGUUCAUCUUUUUUAGCAUAACACCACAUACAAGGAUAGCAGCUGGCGUGUAUCACAAUGCCGACUAGAAUAUUUGCCAACUUUAGAUCUGCAGCAAUCGUUCCAUUCUACCAAAAUUAUUGAUCCACAAUUUUAACCACAACAUCGAAGCAUUUGUAUAAUUUUCUUGUGUACUCGGUGCUAUAGAUGAGAUGAAUAACUGCUUCACACCAGAAGCUUUAAAUUUUUUCGAUGUUAUUCCUUCACUAUACUUCCGACGUGAGUUUGUUUCUGCUGAUUUAUUUAUCUCUGAAAACUCGAUGGACACAUAAUUUCAAAAAUCUACCUCUACCAUCUAUGCCGAACUUCAAAUGAGUUUUUGGUAUUUGUCGUUUAUAUUCAACAGUAGCUAUGAAAUAUUCAAGGUUAUGACAGUAAACUAUUGUUUCUUCAGAUAUCUUUUCACCGUUGUUCGAAUGUAUACUCGAGAAAUCUAUUUCAACUAAAAUUUAUCGAAGUCAUGAUUAUGCUGCAUAAAUUCUCUUUUCAAAUUAUGUUGAAUAAUUUCACUAUUUUUAGAAGCUACUUAAACAGCAUUAGCUAUUGCGCAAGUUGAUCUCAGGCUAAGAUUUAAUGUUUUUAUUUUUUUAAAAACCUUCAAUGCUAAGUAAAUAUUGAUUGAAAAAUGUCUUUACCCCUCAUCUGAGAAAGUGAUAUGAUUGAAUCGUUUUUUUCGACAGAAAUUCAUUGUUUAUCAGCUAUAACAUGUUUUAUUAAACAUGAAGUAAUUUUUUUUACCGUUCAAAGUACAAGAUUCAUUCACAGCUUUUUAAAAUUUUGUUACAAGAGAUGCUUUGGAGCAUGAAUGUUUGAUUGUUCGUUUAGUUAAAUAGAAGCAUUUACCACAUCACCACGGAAAAACAAUUUUAACCCCUAUUAUUUCCCAAGAGCUCGGAAACGGAUUUUCUGAAUAGGUUUAAAACAUUGCAUUUGUGCUCUAGUUUAAGUAUAUACGUAGAUUGAAGAUGUUCAAGUAAUUUUCAUUUAAGUCUAGUUAAAGAACACCGUUUAUUAUCUAUCUAGAUCUGCAUCUAUGUAGAUGCACAAAAAAGAAAAGACAUAUUCUGUUAAAAUGUUUAUUGUAAAAUACAAAUAAAAUCUCAAUAAUA